UCGAAGGUGGAGGAACAAGAUGACGCACGACAUCGCGGCGCGCAUCGAGUACUCGGAGAAGUAUGUGGAUGACACCCAUGAAUACAGACACGUCAUCCUCCCCAAGGAGAUGCAGCGAAGUUUGCCUGACCGGUUGCUUGCAGAAGCCGAAUGGCGCCAAUUAGGUGUCCAACAAAGCAGAGGAUGGGUACACUACGCCAUACACAAGCCCGAACCACAUAUUUUGUUGUUCCGACGGCCGUUGGGCACUGAUCCGACCACGGGGCGCGUGAACUCAUCCAUGGAACGCGAAGCCAAGGAAAAGUACGCCCAAGACAUGGGCCAAGUCCGCCAGUAAGCGAGUGAAAUGAAGCCCUUGCCUGCA